AUGGAGGACAAAAACAUGAUUCGAGCAGGGAUGUACGAAAUUGCGGGUUUUCCCUGCGUAAUUGGAUGCGUUGACGGCACUCACAUCCGUAUACAGGCGCCAAGCCAAAACGAGCCAAAUUAUGUCAACCGUAAAAAUUAUGACAGCAUAAAUGUUCAAGUAAUCUGUGAUGACAAAGGUGUGUGUAAAUACUUUGUUGUUUAUAUAUUUUAAUACCCAUGCGUGUCCCCCCAAACGGAAGUACGUAACCAUUUAAGAAAUUAAUUAUGUAUUCUCUUAAAAAAUUGCUUCCUGUUUUGAAAAAUAUAAAUAAAUUUUCAAAGGGUGUCAAAAUACAUAAAAAUGAAAUAAUGUUCUUUAGUUAACUCUAUUUCAAGACUGUUCUGAAAGUGCUACUUGGCAUUUGUGUGGUUCAGGAUGUUCUGGAUGAUCAAUCUUUACAGGGGCUGUUCAACAUGAGUCUUGCUUGACAUUUGCAUCGUGAUAUGCGAUGUUCUGGAUAAAUCAAUCUUUAAUAGGCCAGGGCAGUUAGGGGCUGUUCUGCUUUUAAUCCUGCUUUGCUGGGUCUGGCAGGUCAGCCCAGCAAGUGCUACCAAGAAAUUCAACUGUGAAUUGGGUGGGAACGUGAUAUUUGUUUUUAUUUCAUUUGAUAUACUGUUUUUAUUGUCGGCAGCUGCUCCAUUAUUAAUUAUUCAUUAGGUGGACUAUAAAACCAUGUACUGUCCCUGUGUGAAUGAAAUUUCCAAAACGUACAGAUAAAAACAAUAUAGGAUCCUGGAUCUUGCCGCUUGCAAGUCACGCCAGGUUAGCCUAGCUGGCUGAUUUGAACGCCCCCUUAUGACCAGAGUAAGGGGAUACUCUGGUAUAUUGAACUAAGGGAGGAUGACUAAUAUUUAAAAGCAUUUCCAUGUUAAUUCAAUAUAUAUGUUCAAUUCAGUUUUAAUCAAUAUAAUUAAACCAAAAGUACACAACUGAAUCUAACAAAAUCUCUUAACAAUUAAGAAUGCUGUGACUUAUUUACAAAUAUUUAAAUGAGAUAUCAUAAUAUAUUUCUAUAGGAAAAUUAAGAAAUGUGGUGGCAAAGUGGCCAGGGUCAUGCCAUGACUCUUUUAUCUUUCGCUCCUCUGCACUUGGCAGAGGACUAGAAGAACAGGUUCAUACUACAGAGGAUGGAGUACUGCUAGGUGACAGUGGAUAUGCCCUCAGAUCAUACUUGAUAACACCCUUAUUUAAAUCCCGUUUUGCCACAGCAAAGAAGAUUUAACAGGGCCCACAAGAAAACAAGAUGCCUGGUUGAACGUGUAAUCGGCAUUUGGAAGAGACGAUUUCAUGUCUUACAUUCAGAAAUAAGGUAAGCUCUUCUCAGGCAGAUAAAAAAUUUUGAGAAUAUGGGGUGCUUCACUAAGGGUCAGCCUGGAGAGCAGGGGAUUCUAACACCUGCUCUGCAGGCUUAAAACCUUCCAAGUUACAGUAUUGUGUUAAUCAAUAUUAAUUUAUAAAUUGUGUUAUAUUUGUUUAGAAUGAAACCAGAUAGAGUCUGUACUAUUGUGAUGGCAUGUGCUGUCUUGCACAACAUUGCCAUCGAGAGACAUGAACCUGAACCUGAAGAAGAUGAAGGUGAUCUUGUGGAGCUGGAAGAUGGAGAGGAGCAUUUCGAUGCAGCAGAACGUGAUGGGGUAACCGCUAGGGAUUAUAUGGCACAAACAUAUUUUGCAUAA